AUGCCCCGUCAUUACCUCUCUGAUAUUCCUCCGAAGACAAUGUGCUAUUAUUGCGCCCCAAACGUGUAUCUGUGUCGUGUUUAUCCGCAUACAGCCCUUGUGUACGUGCGGUUUGCAGCAUAUCGUGUUGUUCGGUACAAACUUCAAAGAUGCUUUUGGCUUCUCUUGACUUGCCGCAGCGUUUUCCACCACCCGCCCACAACGAUCGCAAUUGAACGAGUGUUUAGGUGAAGGACCCUUGAUCGCUAGCUAUACUAGACUUGGAUAGUUUGUCUCUUCUUCGAAUUCAAAUUAACGCUUCUCUCGGCGCUCCGUCUGCCUAUACUUUGGAUGGUCUUCUAAUGCGCAGCGACCGUAGCUGAACCCUCGAACAUACUAGUCGUAGUGCAAUGGUUAUAUACUUUCAACGGUCGCAGAAACUCUUUCGCACAACAAAUCAUGCAACUGCCCAAUCCCAACAACGCUCCGACUCGUAAGCCAUACGACGGGCACUUACGCAAGCUGAUCAUAGCUCUUGAUGUUGGGACAACUUUCAGUGGAGUUUCGUACUCUAUUCUUGACCCUGGAUCGGUACCGAUAACUCAGGGUGUUACGAGUUUUCCGGCGCAAGCAAAAGUCGGUGGGUCAGCGAAGAUACCAUCGAUCCUCUAUUAUGAUAAGGAAGGAACCGUUCGGGCUGUCGGUUCCGAGGCCAUGGAACCGGCUUUCAUCGAGCAAGCAGAAGAGGAAGGUUUUAUUAAAGUCUCAUGGUUCAAGCUGCACCUCCGCCCUGAUUCAUUACAACUGGAUUUCGACAUUCCCGCCCUUCCGGGGAAUAAAACCCCAGUUGCGGUUUUUUCAGACUUCCUUCGGUAUCUGUUCGAAUGUACAAAGUCAUACAUUCAACGUGACACGCUCGGAGGCCAUCACUGGAAUUCUGUAGAGCACAACAUCGACUUCAUCCUAGCACAUCCUAAUGGCUGGGAGGUUUCUCAACAAGGACAAAUGCGCCGAGCAGCCAUUAUGGCGGGCCUUGUGUCCGAGGUCGAAAGUCAGGAGCGCGUCCACUUCGUCACAGAAGGCGAAGCAAGUUUGCAUUUCUGCAUCAAUAGGAAUAUACCGUUCAAGAAAGACGAAGGUGUGAUCAUCGUGGAUGCAGGAGGUGGCACUGUAGACUUGAGUGGUUACCGCCAGACACCUUCCGGCUCAUUCGAAGAGAUUGUCACCUCUCAGUGUGUUGGUCAGGGAUCAGUAUUCGUAGGACGGCGAGCACACAAUUACUUACUAGAGAGGCUUCGAAACUCCCGAUUUGGGAGUGAAGAAGAUGUUCAACAAAUCGCGUCUAUAUUCGAUUCUGAUGCUAAACAUACUUUUCGGAACCCAGACGAUCCGGUUUUCAUAAAAUUUGGCACCUUUAGGGAUCGUGACCCCAGUGUGGAUAUCAAAGCAGGGCAACUGAAGAUUCCUGGGAAUAUUGUUAAAACUUUCUUCGAGCCCUCUAUCAAGGCUAUCAUCCAGGCUGUCAAGGAACAACGCAAAGAUGCUGCAGUACUCAUCGGUGCGGUGUUUCUGGCUGGUGGAUUUUCAGCGAACGAUUGGUUGUUCUCACAGCUCAAAAAUGAGCUAGAGCCUUUGGGUUUGACUGUUAGUCGACCAGAUGCAUUUUUGAACAAAGCCGUCGCUGACGGGGCUUUAUCUUACUACCUCGAUCAUUUUGUUUCGGUGAGAGUAGCUCGGUUCACUUAUGGUACAGACUGUGUGAGGGCAUAUGAUCCUUACGACCUGGAACAUAUGCGCCGGCGGGCUACGAUGAUCACAGCACCUUCGGGACGGAAGGUUAUUCCCAACGUGUUUAGUGCUAUAGUAACAAAAGGAGCGCAAGUACAUGAAGAAACAGAAUUCAAGGAACAAUUCUUUCUGGAAAGCAGUACACGAGCUGCCUACCGAGAAAUAUCUGCAGAAAUUAUAGUGUAUAGAGGGAAAUCCUCUUCUCCUCAGUGGACUGACCUUGAACCUCGAAUGUUCAGUACUUGGGGUACUGUUUAUGCUGAUGUAUCUGCUGCAGUAAAGACUGCCGGCGUCCAUGAUGGCCGCUUUUAUCACCAAGCCCAGUUUCAGAUAGUGAUUCUGUUCGGUGGGCCCGAAAUCAAGGCCCAAAUAAGCUGGCACGAAAACGGAGAAGAAAAAAGGAGUCCCGCUACAAUUGUCUGCGAACAGAUCCCCCAGUUAGUGAAAUAGGUUUUGAAUACUCCACUGAAUGAUUAAAAUGUAAUGUACCCGAGUGUAACUGACCUCUCAAAUUCACCGAUCUUCUGGACCAGUCUGAACCUCAUAUUUGAGGUUCCAAUUUAUAUGAUUAGAGCGAUGUACUUUUAUUGGAACAGACUCCGAGGAGUGGGCA